GCCUGAAAAGCCCCUGUCCUUGUUUCUAAGAGGACUUACGCCGCAGUCACUCCAGGCAGAGAGACCAGCGAGCAUCUCCCAUGACAUCUUAAUGAAAUAUGACUGUGCUUCACUCCUUCACUGGAUUAAUGCCUAUUUAAGCGUGCAUUCGCGCUCUCCCUCCCUUAUUUGUGUCCAAGUUUAAAGCCUAUUCUGUGGUCAUGGGGUCUAUAAUGUCAUUUUUGCCUAGGCUAAAGGUCUAAAGCGGAUACCAAGUGGAUCUAUGUUCCUUACAGACAAAAGAAACAGCGCAGGGAAAUUAGUGGAAGUUUGAGAGAAGGGAGAAUGCGGGCGACGUGUUGGUGUGCCGUGUUUCUCCUCACUCCGGUGGUCUACCUGGUUUCAAGCGCCCACGGUUCUGUCCCGGGGAAGUCGGAGCUGCUCAAAUCAGGGAGCCCCAAGUCAACGCUAAAGCAUAUAUGGACAGAAAGCAGUAAGGACUUGUCCAUCAGUCGACUUCUGUCACAGACUCUCCAUGGGAAGGAAAAUGCAACAGCCCUGGAUCUGCACUAUGACACUCCAGAGCCCUACUCGGAGCAGGACCUGUGGGACUGGCUGAGGAAUACCACGGACCCGCAGGACUCCAGGCCUCGAGCCAAACGGCGGCCGAUGGUCAAGACGGGCAAGUUCAAGAAAAUGUUUGGCUGGGGAGAUUUCCACUCCAACAUUAAAACAGUGAAGCUCAACCUCCUGAUCACCGGCAAGAUCGUCGAUCACGGUAACGGCACCUUCAGCGUCUACUUCCGCCAUAACUCCACGGGCCAAGGCAACGUGUCCGUCAGCCUGGUCCCGCCUACCAAAAUCGUUGAGUUUGACUUGACAGCCCAGCAGUCGGUCAUCGACGCCAAGGAUUCCAAGUCCUUCAACUGCCGCAUCGAGUACGAGAAGGUGGAGAGGGGCUCCAAGAACACACUCUGCAACUUCGACCCAUCCAAGACAUGUUUCCAGGAGCAGACGCAAAGCCACGUGUCCUGGCUCUGCUCGAAGCCCUUCAAAGUCAUUUGCAUUUACAUCUCCUUCUACAGCACCGACUACAAGCUAGUGCAGAAAGUCUGCCCAGAUUAUAACUACCACAGCGAUACUCCUUACUUCCCCUCUGGCUGAAGGUAGCCGUUAAUCCAUAUGAAGGACAACAAGAGGCAAAGGAUGGAGCUCUCUCCCCAUCCACUACAAAUACAUGUUCCCUGUACCUUCCAUACCAUGCAUCCAAGGCCCGGAUCUAUUCAAAUGAAGAGAAGAAUUUGGCUAUUUGCACAAGUACCACAUGAAAACUCUCCUUAGUUUUAUCACACAGAAUCCUUUAAGUUAUGGGGUUGAUUAAUUUAUUCUUUAUAUCUUUUAAUGUUCUUAGCAUAUUGUUUUACCACCGAGGUGUGCUUUUAUGACCAUGUAAACUCCCAGUUUUUGUCUUGUGUUGUUCUGUUAUACUUUAGAGAUGUGUAAGUAUCUUAUUUCUCUUGUUGUUUUAUUUUUAAUUAGUUUAUUUGUACGAGUAUGUUUCAUAGAACAGCCAAAAGGCCACAAGGGUGUAGAUAUAGUAGGAAUUUUUUCGUUUAGAUGGUAGAAGCAAUGUCGGAGGAGAAUUACUCACAAUCAGAAUCACAACGUUCCCUCCACCUACAAACUUUUUAGCCCUGGAGUCCCCACACGUUAUUCCUCAAAGCCCCAAAGGCCCAAAGAUGAGGAGAAUGGCUUUGUUCUGCUGGUUAUGAGCAGGCCUUAACUACAGGCAUGUUUUCUACCUAUUACGAAGCAGCUGUACUGUAAUAAUUGCGGAUUGUUCGGCCCGAGCCGUCUCCUGUAGUUUAAUAAGAUCCAGAAAUGGAUGGAGGGCUUGCUCAUUGUCACUUAUAAUACACUGUAAUGUAAUGAAUUCUGUAUCCUAGAGCCUAAUUUGUAUGAAUGGUUUGUAUUGUACAUAGUUGAUCCCGAUGGAGCUGCUUCUGUAUAUGCCUUCAUUCAUUGUCUGUUAACCCAAAACCCUACACUCUCUAUCAGAAAACCCCAUCCCAUAUAUGCUUGUUCUCAGUUC